UAUAAAAAAAAAAGAUGAAAAACCAAAACAAAAGUUAAAACCCGCAACCCAGCAAACCCAUUUCCCCCCUUCCCAACACCUCCCUUCCCUACCCCCACCUUUCCCAGCACCCUUUCUUCCAUUCCAUUCCUCUCCUAAAUUUUCUCCCAGCUGCCAUUUUCCCGCACUUUUUCUCCCCCCCACCCCACACAAUUUUCUCGGUAACCAAACAGCUUUUCUCUGACUCCAAACUCUUUGUUUCUACUGAGCCAUUAGCCAUGCCUGUCACUUUCGGCGACAGACCCUCCCACCUCCAAAUCCCCAGUAAAUGGAGGGACUCGGAAACCAGCCCCGACCGGAUUAGUCCUGCCCAGACCGGUCCCAGUCUCCCUUUCAUUCCCAGAAAAGUUCCUGUCGUUUACUACCUGUCCAUGAACGGCCAGCUCGAGCACCCGCACUUCAUGGAAGUCCAUCUCUCCUCUCCUCGUGGCCUCUUUCUCAGAGAUGUUAUCAACCGGUUAAACUUGCUACGUGGCAAAGGCAUGGCUUUGAUGUACUCCUGGUCUUCCAAACGGUGCGAGCUAGCUUCUCAAACCGUCUGAUCUAAUUACUGAUCUAAUUACGAAAUCUG